AAGGUGGCAGAUAUUGGAAGAGCAAAUGCUGUACAGCAACAACAGCAACAGCAACAUGAGGAAUUUGAGCGAAAACGAAGUAUGCAAUUUGAUAGGAAUGAUGCUGAUUUUCUUGCGCCAAAACGUCUUAAGACACCUGCCAUUGAACAGAAGCGCAAGUCGAAUGUUUUGGCAACUGAAGUAGUUCAGGAGCAACAUGUUGAAGAAACGGAAGAUGGAGAGUUGGAGGAGUCAAAUUCGUAUCGCAACGCUGGGGAACGAUCAGAUUCAUAUGAUGAAGAUGAUGACGAUGACGGUGGUGAUAUUAGCUUUUUUGAUUCAUUGAGUUCGGCGAAUUCGUCGUUUGCUCGAAGAGGACGACGUGCAAGAGGUGGCAAUCGAAAGUGGAAAAGAAUACGAAGGAGAAGAAAGAAGGAAGGAGCACUUCAGCAGUCUUUACUUCCCAUUACUUCCCGUGUGAGUUACGUGAAAAUGGAGUAA